AGUUUUAAAUAAGACAUCUUUCACAUAACAACAUCAUGAAGCUCUUACUGAUUUCUGUUCUAUUUCUUGCAUUCAUUGCAAUCGCAACAUGUCAAGAAUCAUCAAGGCCGAGUGUUAACUGCGACGAUAUGGUGGCACAAACUGGAAGGAGUUAUAAUGAAAUUUAUGUUCCACAUGAAAGCAAUUGUAAUAAAUUUUAUCAGUGCACUGAUCAUGGAUUAGUGGAAUUAAAAUGUCAUCAAACUUUAGUGUUCUUUCCUUACAUUAAUGGUUGCGUUGAAAAAGCACCAGAUAAUUGUAUAACAUACAAUACAUGGAGAAGUUUGAAUCCGUAGUUGAUCAAAUAAAAAUAUUUUGCUUACAUC